UCUAACAGAGAUGUCAGUUGGUCUGUAGCUUAGCUAUGGAUAUGUAAGUUAGCUAGUUAGCUAGACGAUAGCAUUAUUCUAGGUUAGCUAGCAUAAAAGCUGACGUUGUAAGGUGAUAGUAACUUUAAAUAUAUUUAAUAUAGCUACGCUUAGUUAGUUCAGAUCUUCAGUAAACAGAAAAGCAUCUGUAGUUUGGUAACGUUACGUAGUUUUAACAUAAAAUAAAUUAAAGCGCAGCUCGUUAACUUAAAGCUAGUAUCCGUUAUUUAGCCAGCUAGCUAAAUGUGCUAACGCUAAGUACACAUGGUUACCUAGCAACAACGAGUUAGCUAGCUAGCUAGCCAGCUAACGUUAUAAGUUAGCAUUUUGCUUCGCUAGCAGCGGGAAACACCAGGUCUUCAGAUGGCUUACUGGAUCUGCUGCAACUCCUGCUUCCUCUCCCCCAGUGCUGACAGAAAACUGGCUGUCACAACCUGCGGCCAUGUCGUCUGUAGUGUCUGCUAUCAGAAAGGCAAACCAGGCAAGUGUUUAAUAUGCAGUGCCAUAUGCCAAGUAUCACCGCUCACUGACAAAAGUAGCUCAGAGGUGAAGACCCUGUUCACCGACAUCAACGUUGUGACAACCAAACACUUCGGGGAAAUCAGCAAAGUUAUAAUGUUCCAGGCAAGACAUCAGAAGAGACUGUUGACUUACUACCAGCAACGGAAUGAGAAACAAGAAGAGACAUUUGUCAAGAUGAAGCAAGAAAUGCAGCAGAUGGCAAAGAAGCUGAAUGAACAGAGCGCGUACAUCGUUAAACUGGAAAACUCUCUUCAGCAUCAGAGUGCCAAAGUGUCAUCAGUGCCUCAGAUGAGCCACAUGUCCCACACUCCACAUGGACACAAAUCAGUCCUGCAGAUCCAGUAUAACUCCCCCAUGUCCCUCUCAAGACACUCAUCAAACACUACUAUCACUGAAAACAUGGACGUGGAUGAAAGGAGUCUGUUCAGGAAACCCAACACUGUCCCCAGACUGUCAUUAAUCAGUCCUCCACAAGAUGGACGAAUGGGCACCGUCCCUCACAGGUCGUCCAAUCAGAUCAUGCUGGCCAACCAUUCAGCGUGCUCCGCCACAGUCAGUCGUUUUCAAGGAUCUCCGGUGAGCCCAGAUAUUUCAUACCGCCAGAUCUCUGGAUGGAAGUCUCCCAUCUUCAAACCUCUCUCCUCCUUCAGACACUCCAUGUCCUCCCUGGUCCGCCCUCCUCCUUAACAAAACACACAAAUAAACUGUCAUGAAGCCUUUCGAGGAAAUACACCUGGCCACUGACGUGUAUAUGGAGGUAUUUCACAACCUAAAAAUGAGCCACCAAAGAGUUUGUGUGUUGUGUUUUAACGACCCUGGAUUCACAGUGAAAUGUAUUUGUGUUGUACAGUAAUGACUGAUUCUGUGUUGUUGAAUUUUGUCACAAUUAAAGUGAUGAAAUAAUGA